GGGAGCCAGCAAAGAGCUGGCUUGUGCAUGGGGAAGACUGAACAGCAGAAUCAGGGUGAGAUUUGAUGGGCGUUUGGGAAGGUGGAAAACAGGAUUUGCUGGGCAAGCUGCCUGGGGACAGUUGGAAGAUGGCUUUUGGAGAAAGGCAGAUUUCCACUUUAGAGAUCACGUCAUCCUCCUUCCUGUGAAAAUAAUAUGAACCAGAAGGUGUUAGUUUUCCUUCUCCCAAAUUUUAUAUUUGGGAUAUUUCUUUUUGGAUUUUUCUGUAAGAGACAAAAAAACCUAACAGGUGCUUUUCCCAAUCCUGCUGGAAAUUGGCUGGCAAUUCAAAAUGAUCGCAAAAGCACACUGGCUUCUGUCUGCCUGAAGAACAACCUGAAUAGAUUAAGAAGCAAAUUGGAUUCUCAUGUUGCAAAACAGCUCUUUGUAGAGCACAAUCAUAAAUUUAUCUACUGUGAGGUGCCCAAAGUAGGCUGCUCCAACUGGAAGAGAACUAUUUUUCUUCUCCAAGCAGGCUUGAAUGCGGAAGCUUCUGAAAUUGAGCAUGAUCACAUCCACCAAACCUCUCUGAUCAAAAAGCUUGUGUCUUACUCUCCUGCCGUACAAGAGGAAUUUCUAAACAAUUACACUAAAGUGAUGUUCACCAGGCAUCCCUUGGAACGGCUGGUUUCAGCUUAUAGAGACAAACUUCUGCACUCUGAGCCAUACUACAGUAUCACUGUUGCUAAUCGGAUUAGGGCAAUGUUCAGGAAAAACAUAAAUUCUUCGGAAAAAGUGAGUUUCCAGGAGUUUGUCAACUUCAUUCUAGCAAGCCCACCAAAUACUCUUGACAUUCACUGGAAACCAAUGUUUCUGCUCUGCGAUCCUUGCAACAUUCACUAUGAUAUUCUGGGUAAGUAUGAAACUCUUGGGUUAGACUCUGAGCAUGUUCUGAAUGUCAUUGGGGCACCACAGAGCCUGCACUACCCUAGCUUGAAGAGAUAUGGCUCAGAGAAACGAACUAAUGGUGAUAUUACCUUGGAGUAUCUCAAACAAUUGAACUCAGAACAAAUUGAGAAGAUCAAAAAAUUGUAUCAGAUGGAUUUUUUUUUGUUCAACUAUACUAUGAAAUAUGAGGAUUAUUUUUCCCUGAAUGACUAAUGUAGGUUAAACACAGAACAGUUUCCUUUGUACAAAAUGGGCUGAGCUUGUCCUCACAGGUGCUUCGUAGGUGGGUGGGUGAUUGACUGCUUCUGAGAUUUUCCUGGUGUUUGUAGAUAUGCUUUGUCAUUCCAAGCACUCUUAAAAAAAAUCGUUGUCAUGACCUGUUGUACCAUACAGUACUUCACCUUUUGAAAUUUUUGUCUUCCUGUUGAUCAUUAA